CCCUCACUUUUGGAAAGUGUUUACAGGUGAUGAGAGUGAGACGGUGUGUUCCUACACUUUUUAUUCAUCACUCCAACACGUUAAAUCACCUCUAGUUCGCUUCUGCAGAGUGUUCACCGCCUUUGUUAAGAUAUGUUGGAUUUUAAGGCAGAGUGGAGCAUCUCUUUUGCAGGUUGUGGUUUUAUGGGGAUUUACUACGUCGGUGCUUGCAGUUGUAUCCUCCAAAGAUGUCCUCGAUUCAUUAAAGACGCCUCUAAAAUCAGCGGGGCGUCCGCUGGAGCUCUCAUAGCUGCAGCUCUCAGUGUUGGGAUCCCUCUGGACAAAUGUUGUGCUGAUUUGAUGUUCAUGGCUAAAGAAGCAAGGAAGCACAGGCUGGGUCCUUUUCACCCGGCGUAUGACCUGCUGCGGAUCGUCAGGGAUUCUCUGAUCAAGAGUCUCUCUGAUGACGCUCAUGUCCUCGCCACCGGGAAGCUCUGCGUGUCACUGACCAGAGUGUCAGACAGGAAGAACUUUCUGGUAUCUGAGUUUGACAGCAGGGAGGAGCUCAUACAGGCUCUUCUUUGCAGCUGCUUUGUCCCUCUCUACUGUGGUGUUAUUCCACCAACGUAUCGCGGGGUGCGUUAUAUGGACGGCGCCGUCAGUGAUAACCAGCCUCGAUGUCACGUGAAAAACACCAUAAUAUUCUCUCCGUAUGCUGGUGAGAGCGAUCUCUGUCCACGAGCAAGCACACUGAACUUUCAUGAGGUGCGCUUCAAAAACAUGAGCAUCCAGGUGAACUCAGAGAACAUGUACCGAGUGACCAGCACCUUCUUCCCCCCGCAGACUGAGGAAAUGGCUGAAAUCUGCCAGAAUGGCUACAUAGACGCUCUCCGCUUCCUGCAGGAGAACAGUAAGAAAUUCAUCUCACAGACACGUUUGAAUUUCCUGCAAUGGCAAAGCUGGCAAGAUCUGAUCAGCGAUUCUCCAAUGAGAAGCCUGGAGACGGAUGCGCCUGAACCAUCUUGUUGUGAGCUGAUGAAGAGUUUGGCUGAAGUGGGGUGCAGAGAAAAUACACAAGAGAACAGACUGAGAGCAGCUCAGGAGCACUGGUGGCUGGAUAAGCGACUCAUUGAGAAACUUCCACUCAACAUUAAGAAGGCGUUGUGUGAGGCCUGCAGGGAGACGCACACAGCUGGUGGACUUUUGUCCCACAUGACAGAGUACCUGCCAAAGAUCCCACAGAUCCUGCCUGUCGGUUCUGCUUGCUCUCUAGCUCAGAGAUUGGUAAACUGGAUCCCAGAUGUACCAAAGGAUGUGGGCUGGCUUUAUGGCAUGGCUGAUAAUAUUUACAAACAAGCUUGGAGGGGCAAAGAGGAGGACUAUGACUGUGAGACUUCACUGCGCAGAUCUAAGAGCCUUCCAUCUGGCCUCAACCUGCCCAAUCUGAGUCAAGAAAACCUGAACGAUCUCCCAGUGACUCCAGAGGCCACGCCCACCUCCAGCCUCACCUUUACCUGGCCCAAACAGAAUAAGCUGGACCUCAUGCCACUGACUCCGCCCCCUACACCCACAUGCAGCCCCACCUCUGCGUUUGAUGACGUUUCCUCAGAGUCUCCUAAAGGUGAAGGUAGAGGAUGGGGUUUGGGCAAGGCUGUGGGAUGGAUCAGAAAUGUUACAUCAGAAAAAACUGAAAAUCUCAAAAAAAUUGAUUUUUUAACAUUGUAUCCUACGUUCAAGUAAACAUGUUUUAUUAUGCACUAGAAUAAAAAAUAAAUGAAAAUUAAUGUUGAAUAAAGGAAUGGAAAUGC